AUGGCUUCAAAUACAAAUAAUAGUCAAGCACAUUUAUUUCGCCUCCCUUUAGAAAUCCAAUGGUGGAUACUCCGAUAUCUAGACCCUGCUUGUCAGGCCUCCUUUCUGCGGACCUGUCAUCGGGCUCGGGAUAUCGUCGAACCAUUGUUAUACCACAAGGUGUUCACCAAAAUCGGCACACUGAAUGACACCGCCGGCCUAGUAGACUUUUUGCUUAGGCGACCUCACGUCGCGAAUUUCAUACACUUUCUCGUGCUUGACGAAUUUAACCCAUUCGCUUAUCGGCAACUCAUGUCUAUCGUUUUCCCAAGCCUCGAGAGCAUAAUUAUGCAACAUGACGGGGAGAUCCUGCAGAUCGACGACAAGGAAAGGCGUGCUCUGAAUCGGCAUGUGAAGGAACAGCCUAAUUUGACGAACCUGACUUUUUCCAUUGAGCGGGAACAUUGGGCUGUUGUUACUUUCGCGAAGGAUGAUGCCGUCUUGUUUCGCCAUAAGAAGCUGAGGCGUAUGCGGAUUUCGUAUAUCGACUUCUCCGCAUUUGACCAAUUGGACGCUGAUUACUUCCAGCACUCGAACUUAAGAGUGCUUUUUUUCGAGUUAUGUUGGUACAGCCAAGAGGCGAUGGCUCGACUUGUAACUGCGACGCGCAAGUUGCAGAAUCUGUUGAUUGGCCACAACGAUCAACUCCCAUUUUCGGAGAAGCUCUAUCCCGCCGUGUUGGCCCCUGCUCGAGAAAGCUUGCGGAUACUGGACCUCACAUGGCGAUGGAAGAUCCCUAUCGAGGACAAGGGAAUGGAUUUCACCCAGUUCCCGAACCUUCAUUUUCUCCGCGUACCUCCUGUCUACCUUCUUGGCAGCGCUUAUAUGGAUGAUGCGGCAUUGCCGGAUCUCAUCCGCACGAGAUUCCCCCAAAAUCUCAAGAUGCUCCUCCUGGAGAACAUCGUGCCCAGAUCUAUCAGAGUCAUGAAUGAACGAGGCGUCGUGUUUCCCGGAUAUCCGCCUCCAGGUUAUACUCUCGAGCUGACCCUCAUGCCUCGGGACUAUCAGUUGAUUCGUUUCUUGAUAACGGAGAAGCAUAAUGUGCUGCCGCGGCUGAAGUAUGUUCUGAUGUAUUAUAUGGAAUUCAUGCAAGACCCUGCAGAUCUAUAUCCGUUGGCUAAGGAGAACGGGGUUACGCUAGGACCUUUACUCGCUACCGACUAUGUGAAUCCUUUGUUGGACUGGUUGGACGAGCUCUGA